UCUGAUCUCAGCUCGGCUUGGCUCGGUGCUUUCCACCGUGGAAUGUGUGGAGGGAAUGAUGAUGAUGAUGAUGAUGAUCCUCCACUCUUUUCCUCUGUAGAUUUCCAGUCUUCUCCUAAUGAAGUUUUAAAUCCACUGGAGCUCUUCACUCCAAACUUCUCCUUCUUCUAUAAAACCUGAGCUGAAGCUGGAGCUCCGUCACUGCGUCCGACACGCUCAUGAGCCGCUUAUACACCAAAUAAAGUGCUGAGUGUUUCCCGUGUGGGCGGGGCCAGGCAGAGGGCGGGGCUGGUCCUGGCCUGUGUGUAUAACAUGGGAGGGCGGUGAAGGUCUUCAGUCGUGGGGUUUGGACUCUGCGGUUUGGUGCAUGCUGUGUCGUGGAGGUCGAGAGAAGCUGGAGCAGGCGUGUCAGAGGGGCAAGGGGGCGCUACAACUACCCAAAGCCAUGCUCCAACUUAAACUGCCCCGCCUCUUCAAUAUCCACCAAGUCCCAAAGGUGUUUUGGGAGGACGGCAUCAUGUCCGGUUACAGACAUCCUCAAAGCUCCGCCCUGGACUGCAUCCUCAGCAGCUUUCAGAUGACCAAUGAAACAGUGAAUAUCUGGACCCACUUCCUGCCAACAUGGUACUUCCUGUGGCGCUUCUUUGUGCUCUGUUCCACGGUGGACUUCCUGUUCGAUAGCUACACAUGGCCGCUGCUGGUGUACAUGCUGCUCAUCUGCAUUUAUCCCUUCACAUCCAGCUGUGCUCACACCUUCAGCACGAUGUCACCUGAAGCCCGGCACAUCUGCUACUUCUUCGACUAUGGAGCGCUUAGCCUUUACAGCCUGGGCUGCGCGAUCGCGUACGGGUUCUACGUCAUGCCUGAAUGUUGGGUGAACAGUCGACUCCAUCACCACUUCGUCCCCAUCGCUAUUGCUAACACCAUCUUCUGCACCAGCACAUCCUGCUACUCCAGGUUUUUGGAAUUGCAUUUCCCUCACAGGAGUAAAAUCCUACGGACCGGAGCGUUCGUUAUUCCCUUCAUGUUCGACAACAUCCCGCUUUUCUACCGACUCUUGCUGGGUUUUGGUGGAGGCUGCGCUCACACAGACUCUCUGUCCAGUCACUGCUAUCACCUGCUGUUUGCUUUCCUCACCUGCUUCCUGUUCGCUUCUCACCUGCCCGAGAGACUCGCGCCGGGACGCUUCGACUACAUCGGCCACAGUCACCAGCUGUUCCACAUCUGCGCCGUAGUCGGGACACACUUUCAGAUGGAGGCGAUUCUGGCGGACAUGGCGUCACGUCGCGCCUGGCUCACCGCUCACUCGGCUGUUCCAUCCUUCCUGGGAACGCUGGGAGCUCUGGCGCUCGGAAUCCUGCUCAACCUGGGCAUCAUCGGCCUGUUUAGUGCCAGUCUGCUGCCUCCUCCCAAGUUCACGACACACCGCACACCUCAAGCUAACGGCAGCGUGAAAGACGAGUAAAACGCUUCGCCGGAAAACGUUCAGAAUCUCUAAACGUGGCACAGGGAUUAAAAAACAACCCAAAAAAUAGAGAUGCACCGAAAUUUUAUUUAAUUAUAAAUCAUGUUUUUAUUUUAUUUUAUUUAAUUAUUUAUCCUAGGUAACAAUGCCAAAAAAAAAAAGAGAGAAAAUAUUUAAUUCUAUGGAACAAUCAAAAAAUAAUAAUAAUCACGUAUCAGUUUUAUAAUAAAAACGUGUAAUAAAUGAAUCACAAUCGUUAUUUUUUAUUAUCAUCAAGUAAUUAAUUGGUUUCCAUGUUUUACAAUGAAAUUUAAUCCAUGAAAAAAUGUGAACGACUUUUUGAAAUGGCUUCAGAAAUUAAAAAAAAAAUCAAUAUGAUUUAAAACAUUGCACUGUUAAUUUUUAUAAAAUAUUUGUCACCUUGAAGCCAAAAAAAAGGCUUUUUAUUGUAAAUUUAUAUUAAAGAAUUACGAGCAA